AUGACAGUCGAUAUGAUCACAUCAAAGCCAAAUCAUCUAGCCAGCCCAGCUUUACUUCGCAAGGUAGACCAACUUCGGGAGAAAAAUGUUGGGCAGUACUUUCCUCUUCCACAGCUCGUCGUUGUUAGCGACCAAAGCAGUGGCAAGUCGUCUCUUCUCGAAAGCUUAACAAGAAUACCAUUUCCUCGCAAUCUAGAGCUUUGUACAUACGAGGAUAUCCUGAAGAUCGAGAUAUGCGGCCCUAAUGAAGAUUAUUUAACGGUAAUUGAUGUACUGGAAAUCUUUCGCAAUCCGAGUAAAGGCAUCACAACUAAAGCUAAUAUUGAGCUCGUGCAAAACAUGAUGAGAGGCUACAUAAAACAUAGCCGUACUAUUAUCCUUGCCAUUCUACCUAAGCGCACUUUAAGUGUAUUGACAAAGCCUGAUCUGGAAAAAAAGAGACCACUCACGCUUGGAUACUAUGUCGUCCGAAGCAGAAGUACAGAUGAUGAGCACGCCUUCAAUCUUUCCAAAGCGGAAAGUAUGUUUCUCAACACACCUUGGAACAUACUGCCUAAAUAUCGUCUGGGCGCAAUGGCUCUAAAAGCACGGCUCACUGAGCUACUGGGCCAAAUUACCCGAAAAGAAUUUCCAGAACUCCUGAAAGAUCAACUUGGUCCGGCGCGUCAAACGGAGAGAGAGCAGCGACUGUUCCUAAGUAAUCUGGCUAGACGUUUCCAAGACCUUGUAGAAGCUGCUUCGUCUGCGCGAUACUUCUCUCAUAAGAUCUUCGAUAAAGUAGAGCCUAGACUCAUUAUAUAUGUGGCCAACCUCACCAAAAUAUUUAGUUAUGACUUUGUGCAGAAAGCACAUUUGCGAUAUUUUGAAACCGGAAAAUCGAAUGAGGAGGCAGACUGUGAAUUGGACAAAGAUGUUGAAGACGGUCUGUCGGAUACAAGUGGUCGGGAAAGGGCUAUUCUUCUUGACAUCAACCUAGAUGAGUACAGCGUCAUUGAUAACAUUAUUAGUAAGGACAACAGCGUCGAAAACCCUAGAAACGGUAUAACGGAAUGGACGGAGGAACUCUAUUUGCAGUCUCGCGGUGUAGACUUGAGUACUUUUGGUGGAACGAUCCUUUGCAGCGCCUUCAAGGUGCAAUCCGACAAAUGGCCAUCGAUGACCAAGACCUACGUUAGCCAUGUCAUAGUGGUCAUCCACCGUUUCAUGGUAAUUGCUCUAGACACGUUUUGUGCAGACUCAUGUGUUCGGGAGGAGAUAUGGGCCUCAAUCCUCGAUGAAGUUCUUACAAGAUACAAAGCGGCAUUAGAUCAAGCAAUGUUUCUUAUAUCUUUGGAGAGAGACAAAAGACCAUACACUGUAAAUCACUACUUCAACAACAAUCUCCAGAUUGUUCGCGGGAAUCGGAAGGCAGCCAUUUUGAAAUCGAAGUCCCGACAGGAGAUCAAGAGAGGGACCCAUAAUAAUGCGCAGGUCUGUGACAAUCUUGUAGUAGACCUUGAGGAUGUCAGAAGUACGACCAAGAACAAAAGCAACAUUGACCAGGUAAAAGAAGAGAUCCACGACAUUCUGUGGUCUUGCUACGAAGUCGCUAGGAAAAGAUUCGUCAAAAACGUCUACCAACAAGCGGUCGAUCACUGCUUACUUACCGGGCCCAGAAGCCUUCUUGUUAUGCUUACAGAGCAAUAAGUUAUUGAACUGGACAGUGAACGGCUGUAGAUGAUUGUAGGAG